CAAUCACAUCCCUGCAUUAGAUCGCUCUCUCCUGGCCACUACUUCAGAUACGCACCCUUCUGGCCUUCUCACGUGUCGCCAGAAUUCCCAUCCAAUUCUCACCCCGGGACUUAUCACUUCUCCCACGUGACCUCACGUGACCCCCACCUGCUCUCCCCUCCCCUCCCCUCCGCUCCGGAAAGUCUCUGUUUGCUGUGUGCUCUGCGCAGAACGCCUCUCUCUCGCCAUCUCUUUUGGUUUUCUCUCUCUUGUUUUUGAUUCUCUCUGGGCUGCUCGUUUUCUACGUUGAUGAUUCUCGAGCUGAUCGUGUCUUGCGCGUAUCGUUUGUGAAUCCGGCGAUGUUCGAAAAGGGCUGCAAUCGACGGAGAAGGAUAUCUAAGAGACUACACAGAAUAGGAGUGGAGAUCGCGCGCUGUGGUUUCGGAGAUGUUUGAUUGGAACGACGAAGAGCUUGCAAAUAUAAUAUGGGGCGAAGCUGGUGACAGUGAUGACCAUAUUGUGCCUUACACAGAGAGAAGUGAGGAGAAAUCUCAGGUUACGUAUGGAGAUCACAAGACAGAGUGGAAACAAGAAGCUGCUACCAUUAACACUGAGUCAAAGACACAUACAGAGAAAACUUAUGGGUGCAAACUGGAGAGCACUUCCUGCUUUGGUGCAAAUGAAGGACUUUCUGCCUCGGGAUUUGGCAUGGAAUCAUGGCCUGUUUUAUCUUUGUCAGAUGCUGCCAAGCCUGUUCAUGAUUCCAUGGCUGAGACAGCUCCCGUAAGUAAAAAUCCAGGGACUUUUCAAAAUCAGCUUGAAGAUAAGGAGCAAACUGAUUUUGCUGACUAUGACUGGGCUAACAUAGGAAGCUUUGAUGAUCUUGAUAGAAUGUUCAGCAAUGAUGAACCUGUGUUUGGAAAUGUAAGUCUCAAUAAUGCAGAUGAGUUAUGGUCAUCUUCUAAAGAUGUAAGUAAUAUCCCAGUAAAUCCAACUUUGGGUCAGGGAACAUUGGCGAAUGCAUCAGAGCAUUUUGAAAUUAAAACAGAACAUGUGCAACAUGAAGACCAGUCAUUUAUCCCUGUUAAUAGUGAAAUAAAUGAUGCUGCAUAUCGGGGUGUACAGAAUUCACCUGCAAUUAUGGAUCAGACAGACUAUGCUGGUAGUAAAUGUAAGACCAUGGCAAAGAAGCAGAUGGCUUUGGACAUAGGUGCUAGUACUGUAGCAUCAGAUUUUAAACUUGCUGCAGAAAAUAAUGUGACUCCAAAUGAAUUUGCAGAAAAGGUGGGUAGGCAAAAGAAAUCCUUGAAAUGUCGUAAAAAGGCAGAAGAAAAGAAUGAAGGAAAACUAUUGCAGGAUUUUUGUGGUACCUGGUCAUCUGCUGGGAACCAAUUCCAACAACUGGAAAGCCAAUUUGCACCCUCUACCUUACAAACAUGUCCGCUUUCUGCCUUUGGUCAACAAAAUAAAAUUCAAGGACCCGAGUCUUUGCAGUACCAUCAAAUGUCCAACUCAAUUUUGGCUUCUUCAUGUGGGAAUUUUAAAAAUAAAGGCUCCAGUAGGCCUGUGUUGCCAUGCAAUUUUCGAGAAGAUAAUCAACCAGCAAUGCUUUCUGGUUAUGAAGUUUCUCCAAGCAAUGCAAAUUCUUUCAAGGAUUCACCAGAACCUCCUGUGAAGCCUCUAAGCAUGACACCUCAGGAGAAAAUUGAAAAGUUAAGGAGACGACAGCAAAUGCAAGCAAUGCUUGCUAUUAAGAGACAACAAGAGCAGUUUAAUCAUCAAAUCUCUUCUAGUGAUCCCUCCAUCACUCAAAAGUGUCUACAAGAUAAUCAAAUUCAGCAUGUUGAGGGAACUGAUACGGAACUUGAAGAAAAUCUGAGUGCUCUUGCUUCUGUUGUCCCAUACUCCCCCUUAGAGCAAGAUGAUUCCAAUACAACAUCUACAGCACUUGAUGAUUAUUCAGUGGAGGAAACAAUAUUUUAUCGACUACAGGACAUUAUUUUAAGUUUGGACAUCAGAAUAAGGCUAUGUAUACGAGAUAGCUUGUUUCGAUUGGCUCAAAGUGCAGUGCAGAGGCAAUGUGCUAGUGAUACUUGUAGUACCAAUAAAACUGGCAGGGAUGAACACAGAGCUGCCAUUAAGGAAGAAAUCAAUAGUCAUCUCAGAUGUACUACAAUGCCUGAUAUGGAAACAGACACAAAUCCCAUAGACCGAACCGUGGCCCAGUUGGUCUUUCACAGGCCUUUUGAUUUGUCUGGAAAACGUCCUGAAACUACUGAAUCUCCUGUUUCUUCUAAGCUUCAACAUGAACAGAAAACACCCGGCUUAGUUAGUUCAAUGGGCUGCUUGCCUAGGAGUUCUAAAGCUAAGCAGAAUUUCUCUCCUCAUGGAUCAUCCAGAAUGCCUUGCACACUGAUCAAGCCUCAGCAUGUGGAUCGUUAUAAAAGCAGCCCUAGCAUUGACACUUCUGAGAAUGCAUCAAACAAUGAGCCUGCAGAUCUUGGAGCUAUGGACGUUAGAACCUCCAGGUGAAAAGGGAAAAACAAAAUCAGAACUGCAAAUGGGUUGUGCACUGAUUGCCUCUGACAGUGUCAUGUUCGUGCAGACAAAGCCGAGCAUCUUUUAUAAUCCGACCGCCCCCUGGUUUAUUUUUACCAGCAGCUUACUAACUCCUCACAAGUCGACCAUCUAAUGUACCCAUACUGAUUUGUCAUGUAUGGUUGCACUGUACUGCCAGCAUCGGUACCUGACCCUAGGAGUUUAUUUCAACCCCGAACUGGAGUAUCUUUCAACCCCUUUUACUGAAGUUUCUUUCAACUUCUUUUGAUCAAGUUGUGGUUUCAAUAUCAUAUAUACAAUUUAUAGAAAAAUAUAGUAACCUGUGCAAUUCCAGUAUUUUCACAAUUUCAGAUAAUCACAUUGGGUUCAAACUGGUGCCUAUCCACUCAGUUUACCCUUUCUUGUUUAAUGAUACAGUUCGGUGUAUCACCGGCCUCUAUUUUCCACAUACUCAAUAUAACAAAUUGGAACUCCAUUCCCAUAA